AUGGCGUCUUCCAACAAUGUUACCCCCACCAACUGUAGCUGGUGGCCCAUCUCCGCCAUGGAGGACGAGGACGGACAGAUCCAGGACGGGGAGGACAGCGAGGAGCGUAACGCAGAGCCCAGACCGUUCUCCAAAGACCGGCUGGUGUUGUACCACUGGACACAGUCGUUCAGCUCCCAGAAGGUCCGUCUAGUCAUCCAUGAGAAGGGCCUGAUCUGCGAUGAGAGGGACGUGAGUCUGCCCUUGCAGGAGCACAAGGAGCCUUGGUUCAUGAGGCUGAACCUGGGGGAGGAGGUGCCUGUCUUCAUCCACGGGGACACCAUCGUCAGCGACUACAACCAGAUCAUCAACUACAUGGAGAAAACCUUUGCAGGAGAGGCAGUGGCUCCGCUGAUCCCGGAGGCCGACUCCCCGGCCCACGAGCGCGUGCAGCAGUACCGCCAGCUCCUGGACGGCCUGCCCAUGGACGCGUACACCCACGGGUGCAUUCUGCACCCCGAGCUCACCACCGACUCCAUGAUCCCCAAGUACGCCACCGCAGAGAUCCGGAGACACCUGGCAAACGCUGCGUCUGAGCUGAUGAAAUUGGACCACGAAGAACCUCAGCUGACAGAACCAUACCUCUCCAAGCAGAAGAAGCUCAUGGCCAAAAUCUUGGAACACGAUAAUGUGAAUAACCUGAAGAAAAUUCUGGGAGAGUUGAUCAUGGUUCUAGAUCAAGUGGAAGCUGAACUGGAGAAGAGGAACCUGGAGUAUCAAGGGGAGAAGUGUGAGUUGUGGCUGUGUGGACCUGAAUUUACGCUAGCAGAUAUUUGCCUGGGAGCCUUGUUGCACAGGCUCAAGUUCUUGGGACUUUCGAAAAAAUACUGGGAGGACGGCAGCCGGGCAAACCUCCAGUCCUAUUUUUUGCGCGUGCAGAAACGCUAUGCGUUCCGCAAGGUGCUGGGAGACAUCCACAGCACGCUGCUGUCUGCCGUGCUGCCCAACGCCUUCCGCAUGGUGAAGAAGAAGCCGCCAUCUUUCUUCGGGGCCUCCUUCCUCAUGGGCUCCCUCGGAGGGAUGGGCUACUUUGCCUAUUGGUUUUUAAAAAAGAAAUAUAUGUAG